AUGGACACCUUCCGAGUCCGCCUCAACUGCGUGGACCACUACCAAGCGGUCCCGAUUGAUGGCCUAGAUCCUCCAGUACCUCUCGGUGUCGGCAGCGCGAGUCACAAUGACAAACCUCGAAUUUCGGUCAUUCGCGUCUUUGGCGCCACCCCAACCGGGCAGAAGGUGUUGUUGCACAUCCACGGGGCUCUGCAAUAUACCUACAUCGAGUACAGCGGCAGUCUGGUCCCCGACGAUGUUGACGUGGCUAUUCGUACCCUCCAGCUCUCCAUUGAUCACGCUCUAGCCGUGAGUUACCGCAAGAAUAUCUAUGAAAGGAAGCAUCGAUAUGUCGCACACAUCUCCCUUGUGAAGGGGGUUCCAUUUUAUGGCUUCCAUGUCGGUUACAAGUUCUACCUCAAGAUAUACUUGUUGAACCCGCUGCAUAUGACGAGGCUAGCCGACCUGUUGCGGGAAGGAGCCGUUAUGAAGAGAGUGCUACAGCCAUACGAGAGUCACAUGCAAUACAUAGCACAAUGGAUGUGCGACUAUAACCUAUACGGUUGUGGCUAUAUCGACUGCCAAAGAGUCAGGUUUCGCGCCCCGGUUCCCAGAUACGCCGAUUUGACCAACCCAUUGCACCAAUGGCACGAUCUUUCCAUUCCCUCCGACGCGAUCUUCGACGAUGGGCAACUGACCAAGCAGAGCCACUGUGCGCUCGAGGUGGAUGUGCACGUCGAGGGAAUUCUGAAUCGCAAUGACGUCCACGCUCGCACACUUCAUCAUGACUUCAUUGAGCGCGUCCAUCCCAUUCCGGCAGAUGCCAAACUGGUGCAAAGCAUGGCCGGAUUGUGGAAGGAUGAGACUCGGCGCAGGAAGUUGAGGAUGGGACUUAAGGACCCGAAUAGCAGCCCCUUCCCUCCAGAGGUUCUAGUGUCAAUGUCAGCGGAUCCGAGGAACACGGCUGACGGAGGUUGGAUUCACGAACACGAAUUCCGCCAAAAAGCGGCCGAGCUUGCAGCUGAAGAGUUUGAAAAGAGUGACAGGCAAAACGUGUCUUUUGACACCUUUGUGAAACCCACGUCCCUUGAAGACACUGUUCGCACAGCAUUAGAAAGCGUCGACGAUUUGUACCCUCACAGAAUCCAAUUGCUCCACCUGAGAAGUCUGAAUGUCGAUUCGAAUGGUAAUAACCCCAUGCAAGAGGAUAACUCUCGACCUAUCGUCGAUCAAGCUCGAUCGGAUAAGUUUGGGGACUCGACAGGCUCUGACGUGGAUGGAGACAACUCAGAAGGAGAUUCUUCUGUCCGGUCACCACAAACAAAUGCUCACAACGACAUCAAACCCAGGGCUGCCGACAAGCAAGUCUCAAGUCCGAUCAGCUCCUCCGAAUACGAAAGGUACGGCAUUCGUCCUGCGGGUGAUGCGCAACACUUUGACGAAGACGCAUUUGAAGUACCACAAGAAUAUCUGAUCGAUCGAGCUGGAGUUACAAAUGGGACCAAGAGAGCACGCUUCGGAGAAGUACCAACAUUCCAACCGAGGAAGAAACACAAACACUUGGUUGAUGGUGAGAAUAUUUUGCCCGAUGUGGGAUUCUGGGAGUCGGAUGAGGACCCAGACUUCUCGAACGAGAUCAGUGAUGCUGAACCAGGUGCGGAACCGACAGAGGAAGAGAUGCGAAAUAUCCCCUUGCCACAAGCUACCAUCGACCGUGUGUCACUCGCAGGCCCGCACCGCACAUCAAAGAACGCGGCUGUGGAUGGGCCAAUCUCUGGAAGCCUCUCGCGGCGCUCGAUACUGUCUUUUCCCACAGUGAAAGAUCCCACGGAUCCUGCUACUAUACUCCGGCUUAGCCAGAAAAGCGCUGCUUCGCAAAACUCCUCAAAGGCGUCUACAGGUGAACCUUCAAUCUCCCCUGCGACGCUGAAGACGCCUGCAAAGUCCAUAUUCACCGACUCAGAACAGACCGCCUUGCCGCCCACCGUAGGUGCAGGUAGCGGUUCAUCUGGGUUACUCAAUAUCACACUCCAAGGCUUGUCCAAAUGGCAGGCAGGGAACAGUGUGCAGUUGUACAAACCUCGCCCGCCAAGUUUCAAACAGAUAGCGUCAACUAUGUGGGAGAAUGGUCUGCCUGAUGUAAUUUAUCAGGAAGCAUACUACAGUCAGGAGGAAGACGUCCCUGGCCAAUCGAGGGAAUAUGCUGGUCGCGAAUUCAAGCUCGAGAGUACAACGGUGCCCUAUCUACCAGACUUUGAUGCUUCCGGAAAGUCCGCCGCAACAUUCGGCCGGAAGCCUCCCUCGGUACUAGAUUUCGCCGCCGAGAGAAUUCGCGACAAUCAGAGACGCAAAAGAUGCACUAUUUCUGAGUGGGUUAUUGCAGCGACUCCGCCUCGAAAAGUCGACGUUCUCUCCUGGUUGCAAGAAGAAACCCAGGCACAUAUUGACAACAACGGGUCUGGUAAACUUCGGACGCGUGGUGCCGCUCUUUCGCAGAUCGACGGUCCAACGCAGAAGAAUGAUCAUGGCUUCAAAUAUUCUCAGAAGCAGCCCAGUACGAGCGUUCAGCAUGAGACACAGUAUAUGAAUGUGAUGAGCGUGGAGGUCCACGUCAACACUCGAGGUGCUCUGGCUCCAAAUCCUGAUGAAGAUGCCAUUGCUUGUAUAUUCUGGUGCGCGCAGACUGAUGACGACGAUGAUGGUAUUGACAACGAUGCAAGAACGGAUGGGCUCCACGUCGGAAUUCUUGCUGUUGCUGGUGAUAAGCAGGCUGCGGAAAGAAUUGCCCGAAACGUCGCCUAUCACGUUGAGGAAGAGCCUACUGAAUUGGAUCUUCUUACGAGAUUUGUCGACAUUGUGAGGCACUAUGAUCCCGAUGUUCUCACAGGCUAUGAAGUGCACAAUAGCUCCUGGGGUUAUCUCAUUGAACGAGCACGUGUCAAGUACGAUCUGAACUAUUGCGAUGAGUUGUCCAGGAUGAAAUCCCAAUCUCACGGACGGUUUGGCAAGGAAGACGACCGCUGGGGUUUCAACCACACCUCGACAGUUCGUGUCACGGGUCGACAUACAAUCAAUAUCUGGCGAGCCAUGCGCGGCGAAUUGAACUUGCUUGGCUAUACUAUGGAGAACGUUGUGUACCACUUGCUACAUCAACGAAUACCUCACUACAGCUUUGCUGAUUUGACGAGGUGGUACAACAGCAAGAAUCCUCGCGACCAGGCAAAAGUCAUCGAGUACUUCAUAUCGAGGACAAAGCUCGACAUUGAACUUCUCGAAGCCAAUGAGCUGAUCCCGAGAACAAGCGAACAGGCCCGACUGCUGGGAGUCGACUGGUUUUCAGUCAUUUCCCGUGGCUCACAAUUCAAGGUAGAGUCUUUGAUGUUUCGCAUAGCGAAACCGGAGAACUUCAUCUUGGUCUCACCCAGUCGCAGGCAAGUCGGGGGUCAGAAUGCAUUGGAGUGCUUACCGCUGGUAAUGGAGCCUCAAAGCGAUUUCUAUACCAGCCCACUGCUAGUUCUCGACUUCCAGUCCCUUUACCCCAGCGUCAUGAUAGCCUACAACUACUGCUACUCGACUUUCCUCGGCCGAGUCGUCGGCUGGCGAGGCGCGAACAAAAUGGGAUUCACAAAUUAUCGCCGGGAGCCUAGAUUACUAGAGCUACUUAAGGAUUAUAUCAAUAUCGCACCGAACGGGAUCAUGUAUGCGAAACCUGAAAUUCGAAAGUCCCUGCUGGCAAAGAUGUUGAGUGAAAUUCUCGAGACCCGCGUCAUGGUCAAGAGUGGAAUGAAAGUCGACAAGGAUGACAAGACACUGCAGAGGUUGUUGAAUAACAGGCAACUUGCCCUCAAGCUUAUCGCCAACGUCACCUACGGCUAUACGUCAGCGUCGUUUUCCGGAAGGAUGCCGUGCUCAGAGAUUGCGGACAGCAUUGUACAGACUGGCCGCGAAACGCUCGAGAAGGCAAUUGCUCUGAUCCACUCGGUCGAGCGUUGGGGAGCGGAAGUGGUCUACGGCGAUACUGACAGUCUCUUUGUCUACCUCAAAGGCCGAACAAGAGAGCAAGCCUUUGACAUUGGUGAAGAAAUUGCCGACACAAUCACCAAGAUGAAUCCUCGACCGGUCAAGUUGAAGUUCGAAAAAGUCUAUCAUCCGUGCGUUCUCCUUGCGAAGAAAAGAUACGUGGGGUUCAAGUACGAAAAUCGCAACCAGACUGUACCAGACUUUGAUGCCAAAGGAAUCGAAACUGUGCGUCGAGACGGCACUCCAGCCGAGCAGAAGAUCGAGGAGACGGCAUUGAAGCUGCUGUUCCGCACCUCUGACCUGAGUCAGGUCAAAGCCUUUUUCCAGUCUCAAUGCGCCAAAAUCAUGCAAGGCCGGAUUUCCAUCCAGGACUUUUGUUUCGCUCGAGAAGUCAAGCUUGGGACUUACAGUGACAAACAACCUCCACCUCCUGGUGCACUCAUCAGCGCUCGAAAAAUGGUAGAGGAUCCGAGGCUGGAACCGCAAUAUGGCGAGCGAGUACCCUAUGUGGUUGUCACAGGCGGACCAGGCGCCAGGUUGAUCGAUCGUUGUGUGGCGCCAGAAGUCUUACUCAAUGACGCGCACUCGGAGCUCGACGCGGAGUAUUACAUUUCCAAGAACAUCAUCCCACCCCUUGAACGCAUCUUCAAUCUGGUGGGGGCAAAUGUCCGCCAAUGGUACGACGAAAUGCCAAAAUACCAGCGUAUCAGGAGAGUAGACGGUGGGCUUGGUACAGAAGGUAAAAACAGUGCGAGGGCUCAAAAGACUAUGGAGUCAUACAUGAGAUCGUCGACAUGUCUUGUUUGUCGCGAUCGCCUGGACACUCCGGCUCCGCUGUGUGACAAGUGCUCUCAGCAGUCUCCUCAGACUAUGCUAGCACUCCGGUCGAGACUGAUGAAAGUUGAGAGAAAAGCGGCACAACUCGCCAAGGUAUGCCGUUCUUGCUCGGGAUUUGGUUGGAGUGAAGAAAUACGGUGUGACAGCAAGGACUGUCCUGUCUUCUAUUCAAGGACGAGACAGAAGACUGCUCUUGUGAACGAGGAAGCCCAGAUUCUGCCUGUUCUGCAAACUCUGGAGAAGGGCACGGAUGGACGAAUAGAUUGGUGA